GGUUGCCAUAGGCACUAAUAAGACGGUGCAUUAACUUUACUAAUACACAAGAGCACAUUGUUAUCUUUAAUAAAUAAUUAAUAUUACUACUCUGUGCAGAUAACAUUUGAAUUUAUAAUCAUUGUAGAAUAUAAAAAUGAGUUUUCAGGAAUUCCUUCAAAUAAUUGGAUAUUGUUGUUAAAUGUUCUACAGAUUUCUGUUAGAAUAUCGUAUAUAUGUGGAAUAGUUGAGUAAUCAUUUAGACAAAAUAUUAAAUUAAUUUUUAUAAGUUUUCCUCCAAAUAUUCUAGCACGUUUUUAGGUUGAAGAUGUCACUUCCUGGAAAUCAACCAGUUCCAAAUAGCCAGUCAAGCCAUAGUUGUGUGGAGUCCAGGCCAAAUAGUCCAUCUACCAAGAGCCAAUCAGUUCCUGAUCCCUGAUACCUGCAGAUGAAAGAGGUGUCCACUAUAACCUCAAAAGAGAAAAUUUAUCAUGAGAACGAUCCUCAGCCAUCAAAUCAAGAUUUUACAGUCAAACAAUGCGAAAGAAAAAGUAAGAAGAAGGCUCCUUGGUAUAGUGCUCUUUAUCCCACUUACAAAACAAGAAGUGAGGACUUUAAAAGAAUUUUUAAAGACAUUCCACCUGAAGAAAGACUUGUUGUUGAUUAUUCUUGUGCUAUUCAACGUGAGAUCUUAAUCCAUGGACGUAUUUACGCUUCACAGAAUUUUUUGUGUUUUUAUGCAAAUAUAUUUCGUUGGGAGACACAGGUAGUAGUGAAGUGGAAAGAUAUAACUUCCAUAACCAAAGAGAAAUCUGCCCUUGUGAUUCCAAAUGCAAUUUUAAUUCACACUAAUUCUGAAAAACACUUCCUAACUUCUUUUGCCACUAGAGAUAAAACCUAUCUUAUGCUGUUUCGAAUAUGGCAACAUGCACUUAUGGAUCAGCCCAUGUCAGUGCAAGAGAUGUGGCACUGGGUGCAUGUGUGCUAUGGGGAUGAGCUGGGGCUAACCAGUGAUGACGAAGACUACCUCCCUGGAGAUGCCAAGAUAUCUACAAACCUAUCUUCUGUUCAAGGCCUAGAGGAAAGUGCCCCGGGAUUGCGCAAGGGUGAAGAAGUGGAAGCAGAGCAUACGCAACACAACAUGUCCCCACGUGACCGAGACAUUCCUACAGAUUCUAGUGAUACCUCUGAGUCGGAAGAACUUAGGAAUCAAUCCUCAACAGAGAGCAAACUGCCUGAGCCUAUCAGCUGCCCUGUCAAGCACGAGGGAAAGAUGUUGUUGAAUGAGGUGUUGCCACUCAGUAUUGAUGAUCUAUUUACACUCAUCUUUACUUACAACAAGUUUAACAUGGAUCUCAUGGAGACAAUGAAAUAUACAGAUGUAAAUGUUUCAAAUUGGGAAGAAAACGAAACAAGCGGUCUGAAGGUGAGAGUCUGUCGCCUGGUAGUGCCUGUGAGCCAGCCUGUCGGACCCAAGACUUGCCAUGUCACGGAGACCCAGGUACUGCAAGCCUGCAGCAAGCCUGGUGCACUCUAUGUGGUGGAAGUAGAUGCUGUGAAUGCUGGAGUGCCUUACUGUGACUCGUUCUAUAUUGCUACCCACUACUGCCUUACUCGCAUCUCUGCCAAGGAGGCAACCUUCACCGUUCAUUGUCAGAUCAAAUAUCGCAAAUCAGUUUGGGGACUUGUUAAAGGUUUUAUUGAAAAAAAUGUAUGGGCUGGGCUUGAGGAUUUCUUUAAAAACCUUGGAAAAGCAUUAGGAGAAGAAUGCAAUAGAAAGCUGUUGGAGAGAGGGGAAGAAGUGACUAUCAGUCAGAAGAGGGAAAGUAUCAAGGCUGUAACUUAUGUACCCCCACCUGAGCCUGUGGUGGCCCCCACUACCACCCCCUCUGUCACCACCAUUAGCAACGACAUGGUGCUAUGGAUUGUUUUAGGAGUGCUAAGUCUUCUUGUUCUACUCAAUGCAGUGCUAUAUUAUAAGCUCUCUGUAUUAGAACAUUAUAACAAAGAGCCACGAAUGUCUUCAUCAUUUGAUACCUUAAUAAUUGGGGAGGAGCGGUCACAUGAUCAGUGGGUGACAUUGUUACAGAAGCAAGCCUUACAGCAUCAGCAAGAGGUGAAUCAGUGGAAGGAAAAUUUAAAGUCAAUAGUCUCUCUUCUCAGACAGGCUGAAGAUUCAAUAGUCAAACUGCAAAGUAAUAUUCAGACAGCUGUAAGUGAAAGAGUUAUGGCUUCAUUAAAUACUCUUUCGGAUCCAGAAAGCAUAUCGAUAAAUAAAAAACAAGAACUGUGAUUUAUUAAUAUCAUCGCAAUAUAACGCAAGUGUUUAUUAUUGAAAAGUACACAAUGGACUUAUUUGCACUUUCAAGCAGAUUAGUAGUAUUUGUAAAUAUAUAAUUGUUGUAAAUAAGAUGUAAAUCUUAACAUAGUCAGUUAUGUAUAAUAGCCUAAUUAAAAGACUGUUAUUUCCAGAUUUUGUUUUAUGUCUAUGUUUUGUAUCUUUAGUUAUACAUUAAGCGAUUGAUACAAUGAAGUACUGUAUAGACUUAUUAUUUAAGUGUACACCUGUGUUGGUGUGUAUCACAGAUAUCUGUCGUAUAAACGUAACACAAGAUGUUAAUUUCACGAAUGAGAUGGUUGUUAUGCUUGGUGCUUCAAUUAUUAAGUUUGUAUUUUUUAAAAGUUUAAUUCAGCCUUUAGUUUUAUUUAUUUUUAAAUUAUAGUAGUUUUAUAGUUAAUUUUAAUCUCUAGUCAUAACAAUUGAUAAAUACCAUAUUUUUGUAUACUAAUUGUAUUAAAUAUGAAAAAGUAAUUAUUGUUUGAAAUGGUAAAUUGUUACUUCAAGAAGCUAAUAAAGAUUAUGUGGCUGUAA